ACAUUUCUAUAAUGUUUCUUUGGUACCAUAUUUUUUAACCAUGUUGUUUGUUCGUGAAUACAUUGCUCCGCGAUUAAAUCGUUUAUGCCGCGCGCGGAGGUUUGCCUCGGAUGCCAGCGCCACAUGCCACGAUUCCAACCAACAGUGCUCAACAAAUGGAUAUUCUGAUGUUCCAGGCAAUAUAAAACCGGGAAAUAAUGAUCACAAGGCCUCGAAAAGCGCACAUAAUACAGCCAUUGGGCAUGAGGCAGAAGUUGCAGAGCUACAUAAUAUCUGCAAUUCAGGGUUAUCAGCUGAAAAAUCGCUAUCCAUAGAUGAAAUAAGACGUGUUUCAUCGAAUUUCCAAAAACUUAGGCGCAAGGGCGUCGUGGAUGCAGACCUUUGUGAGAAGUACUCGUCACUACUGCUAAACUAUGCCGAAGGCUCGGAAUCCAAGCCUAGGAUCACGCCAAAUGAAUGCUUCGAGCUGUUUAUGAGCCAAUUUGAAACCAACUCGCCCCGGCACAUAUCGCUCCUGGCAUCACGACUAUUGGAUUGCAUCAAGGCAGACGGUACCAAUGCAUCUAUCGCACUUGCAAUAAGGGCGCUCGUGCGCCUUCAGCAGGCUAAAAUAUCAUUUCCUGAAAUGUUGGAGUACGUGGCCAAUAACGUUGAAGCCAUGUCACCGGUGCAACUGGCAGAUUUUACGUGGAUAUGUUACUCCGGGGGUCUGAGAUCUAAGCAUCACCUGGAUAUCGCAUACAAAGCGUGUCUGCAUAGAUUGCACGAAUUUGAUUUUGCAGAUCUGCUCCGUGUUAUGAGGAGCCUCAGCUACUUCUCAUACGAGUACCGCGAGGCAUUCAAGGCUAGCUGGGAACUGUGCCGCGACAAACUGCAGUGCCUGCGCAAUGAUGAUCUGCUGAUGCUGCUGAAUAUCUGCAAAACACUCCAUAAGGAACAGCAUUCCCUAAGUAUGCGCGAUACCAUACUCGAGCACAUUAUGAACGACAUGAUGAAUUAUCCAACUAAAUUCGGGUUACAAUGCCUCGGGCACCUUACGCGAGGCGUUAGGACUAAAGUAGCUGGUAAAUUCAUUUUGGACGUCCUGAGUGACACCUCGGAGUGUAGGAAGGAAUUUGAACAGAUGCCAGUGUCAGCCCUGGUAUCAAUCAUGCAGUGUAUUGAAUUUUGGCGCAUACGCAUGGGACAGUUGACUAUUAUACUGGAUAUAAUGGCCGAUCGUAUCAGCGAACUGGCAUACUCCAGGAACCUAGGGCUCUGGGCAGAUGUUUACAACGUCAUCUACAGCACGGGCUGGUUCAACAUCAAGUUCAUGCGUGCCGGCGUGGACCAUAUCUUAUCUGAAACACAAAUACUGCAUCGGGUGUCAAGCCACCAGGUAAUAAGAGUUCUCCAGGCCUUCUAUAAGCUGAGGUACUACCACAGGGAGUCAUACGAGCGCAUGCUGCAAAUAUUCCUUGACGACUUUGAUGCCAUUAAGGUCAAGCUGAACGUUGUAUGCGAGGCGCUGCUAGCAGCAGCCGAUGCUAACAUUGAAAUGCCAGCGCUAUACGAACGAUGCAUAGAGCAUCUGUCACAGAAGCUCCAAGGCCUUCAACUGGUAAACGACGACCUACUGCAAGAGAUGGAAUGCAGCUACCUAUGGCCACGGAACGUGAUCACCAGCGCAUGGGCACUGGCCGUCAUGGGAUACAACGGUGACCCAAGGUUCAAAGUGUUCCUCGAACUCUUGAAAACUCAGGCGAUAUUCGAGCAACCGCAACAAACUUCCAUAGUGCUAAUGGCACUGGAAGUGGCAGAAUCAACACUAGUUUCCGGACAUCAUCUCGAACUAUCGGAAACGAUACUAGAUAUAUACGGGAACCGAUUGAGAGAGAUGGAAAGGGCUGAACCCGAAUUGAACUUGCAAGAUGUAGAUCCCAACGAUAGCAUGAGGGACCACGUGGACGAACGGAUGACGUUCGCACAAUGCCAGGAAGCCCACUUCCACAAGGGAAGGAUGAGGGCCACCAAGCAUAUCUCAGAUAUACUGUACCACCUAGGAAGGCGGGAUGUACUGGUAAGAGUGGCGCCGCACUAUAACUCACCCUAUCUCAUUGAUGUAUGCCUGUCUAACGAAAGUAAAAAGGGACUGGUGCUAUUCAGCGGUCGUGAAUUAAUGCGCAACCACGAAGAUGGUAAAUGGAGCGUUGUGGACACAGGCUCAACACGACUUAAACGGUAUAUCCUAGCCAAAACAGGUUGGAAAGUCUACGAAAUAAGCUGUGGACACUGGGCAAUGCUGCAAACACCAUUGGAACGCAAGGAAUAUAUCCGAACUGCCUUGGCAGCACUGGAUAUAGAGUUAUAAAUAUUAAAGCAGGUCAAGCUUAACGCGCUU